CACAAGUUCCUGACAUCGUGUUCAAACAUCUGAAACAGAAGUAAUUGAUCGGGUCAAGAUAAUAUCAUGUCUUUCGACCCCACAGAACACCAACAUAUACGUUUCAAUCCCCUGAAGGAGGAAUGGGUGGUUGUAUCUCCACACCGUAUGAAAAGACCAUGGGCAGGCCAGGUGGAGAAACCUGAGGAAGAAAACAUCCCAAGACACGACCCAAAAAAUCCUCUUUGUCCUGGAAACACACGACCUAAUGGGAAGGUCAAUCCCGACUAUGAUGGUACUUUCCUGUUUGAUAAUGAUUAUCCUGCCUUACUGGAAGUCGUUCCUGAACCUGAGAAAAGUGAUAACCCACUGUUCCAGUCAGCUGCUGCCAGGGGUACAUGUCAGGUGAUGUGUUUCCAUCCUCAUACUGAUGUUACCCUCCCCAUCAUGACACAGGCAGAGGUACGGGCUGUCAUUGACAAGUGGGCAGAGAUCAACACAGACCUUGGUAAAAAGUUUGAAUGGGUUCAGAUUUUUGAAAAUAAAGGUGCUAUGAUGGGCUGUUCUAAUCCCCAUCCACACUGUCAGAUCUGGGCAAGUUCCUUUAUACCUAAUGAACCUUCAGUAAAAGACAGAACACAGAGACAGUACAUGGAGAAACACAAAAAACCGUUACUGCUGGAUUAUGUACAACAGGAACUGGAAAAGAAGGAGAGGGUGAUACUACAAAAUGACUGCUGGGUGUGGCUUGUUCCUUACUGGGCAGUCUGGCCAUAUGAGACAAUGUUGUUACCACGGCGACAUGUACUGCGGAUACAGGAUCUUACGGAUCAGGAAAGGGAAUCUCUUGCUGACAUAAUGAAGAAACUGUUGUCUAAGUACGAUAACAUGUUUGAUAUCUCCUUCCCAUACUCCAUGGGCUGGCAUGGUGCACCGACAGGUAAGAUGUAUGAGAAGGACAAUAACCACUGGCAAUUACAUGCCCUGUACUACCCUCCACUACUGAGGUCAGCCACAGUUAAGAAAUUCAUGGUCGGCUACGAGAUGUUAGCACAGUUCCAAAGGGAUUUAUCUGCAGAGCAAGCUGCAGACAAAUUGAGAAACUUACCAGAUAUCCACUAUAAACUUUGCACAAAAGAAAGCAAAGAUUGACCUCAACACAUAGUUGGGUCUAGUAUUUAUUAAUUUAUUGAAAGGGUGAUACUUAAUUCCACUAAACAUGCUCACUUGGUGCUGCUGUCUCGUUAAUGAUUUUUUUUUAACCAUCUUGUUGAGUUAAUCAAGAUUCUAGAUAGUUGGGUUGGCAUGAACAUCAUCAGGUUUUGUGAUGUAAUGCAUGCCUUUUUUUUGUCCUGUUGUGUCCACACAUUUGUGAUGUUUUUUUCUGUCAGUUCAUGUAUGAUAGAAAUGCAAAACAAACAUUCGAAACCUCUCUGUAAAAUCAUGUAUUUAGUGGGGCUCAUUUUUGGCAGUUUUUCAAAAAUUAACAACUUUAUGGAAACAUUAUUUCAUAGAUAAUAAUAGCGCAAUAAACAUACUUAAACUUAUUUUAACAGUUCACGGACAUAUAAAGUGGUUGAUUAAGAGCGCCCCCCAAGAUCAACAGAAAUCCCCAACAAAAAUUAAUGAUUUCACAGUAUACAUUAAGGGUACACAUGGAAAUGGAGAAAUCUGGAAUGCUUGUCCUUGUACAGGAUUUCUUCUUCUUGAUAAUCUUCCAAUCUACCUGGGAAUGUAGGACCAGUGAAUUACAGAUGAACUGAUGUGUGUAGCAUUGUUAUAAUUGUCUUUGAAGAGUAAUCAAUCAAAUGGUUAAUAAAUCUUAUUUCAGAGUUGAUUAGGUUAAAUCAAGGUUUUAGCAUUAAGAUACAUAUCUUUAAGUAAUCAGGUAAAGAGUAUCCAUGCAUGAUCAAAAGGACUUCUUGUAGAAAUUCAGAGGUUUCUUGGCGAGUAGUUUUAUUCCUAAGACAAUCAAAGGCAAAAAUAAUGUCAAGAGAAAUGGGAAUUUGACGAGAUGGCAGAUUUAAAGAAAACAAGUCCCUUCUGGUGAAGUCAUAUUAAUGUAAAAUGGUCAAUCAGUAAAACAAUCAUGUGAUAACUGCAGUAUUAAAAUAUACACUUGUAUAGUAUUGAAUUUGAAGUGUAUAUGAAUUUCACUCCAAUGUGUGUAUGCGUGCAUGCAUGUGUGUGAAAGAUGAUAUAUGUUAUACCGAUAUUGCAAUAUGUUUGUUUUCAAAAGAUACCGAAAUCAAUCAAGAAUCAUACAAAACUAGGUAAUAUAAGAUAAUUUAUAGUUUUAACAAACCAAAGAUAAACAAGUGUAAACAGUAUUACAAUUUUGAUGUUAAAGUAGUUUAGAAAGAACCGUUAUGUUUAUUUUGACAUUUCUUGAGGGGAUUCCAUUAUUUUAGGUGUACAGUGCCAGCUCUAAAGUGUAGUUGAUGAUACUUAUGAAUGUUUUAAUGAUUCUUGUAUUUAUCUGACAAUAAGCCCAUGCCUGGUAAUAAACCAACUCAUAUCUAUUUAUUUAGAUUUUAAUAAAAACAAUAGCUACUAGUUUUGUAAUAAGCCCACCCUCAAUUUUAAGUUGUACAUUCAUUAUGAUUAUGCAGGUUAAAUACAGAUAGCUGGGUGGUACAUUAGUACUUUAAGCUUUUAUGAUGCAUAAAAACUUAAGGAUACGAAUGAGAAAGGGGAAGAAAAGUAGAAAUAGAGAAGUAAUAUAUAAUGAUUUCUGUAGUCUUAUGUUGAAAUGAAACAAAAAUAGAACACAUUUGUAAGUGAGACUUGAUACUAACUAGUUUGGUAUUGUUUAGAGAUAAUUUUUAUAUUGUGGAGACAAUCAUGUGAUGUAAAUCAUUUAUCAUAUUUUAUUAGUGUUAUUAUAUUUGUAUCAGUAUCAGACAUGAUGGUGAAGUGUAUUACAAGGCUGAAUAGGGGCAAUUAGGUACUGAAUCAAUAUCUUUGAUGAUUAGAUGUCAAAUAAUAUGAGACUGAAAAUAAUAUCACAAAUGAUUCAAGAAUGUAUUCUGAUGUUUUCAUCUUAUAGUUAAAGGUUUAUCUAAAAUACUGACACAUUCUGUUUCAGAAUAAAGAAUUAUUUUGAUAAAUGUAUGCAUGAUGAAGUUUUAAUCUUACUUGUAAAUUACCCAUAUUUCAUCAAUUGUAAGUUUGAAUUAAGAUUUUAUGAAAAUGUUGGUAUUUUCUUGUUUUAUAUUAAACAUGGUGCAAAGUUUCAUUAUGCAAAGACUGUACACUGUACAUGUGUAUGUUCUACCUCAAACCUGUCUGAAUAAUGUUGCUGAUACAAGUAUAGAAGACCAAGUCUGCAACAAGUGUCCAAAUUCUGACAUCACUAUGGAUCAUUAAAAUGUGAUAUAUUUUGUCCAAAUUCCGACAUCAUGAUGGAUAUUUUGUUUAAACUCUCAACAUCUUAACAAGUACCGCUAUUUUGUUUGAUUUCUGACAUUGUAAUGGAGAUUUUGUCUCAAUUCUGACAUCACAGUAAGAACUGACAUCACUGAUUAUAUUUCCUGAAUUCUGACAUCACAAUAUUUUGUCUGGAUUCUGACAUCACAAUGAAAUUUUGUCUGAAUUUUGUCUUUUUGAGUACUGAGUAGUCAACUGCAUGUAUGAUAAAAUAGUAUAGACAUUGCAUCAACAGUAUUUUCUAGUAAAUUGUUAUUUUUGGGAAAUUUAUUGCAAUAUUAUUGUAUAUGUAAAUCCGGGGAAAAUCUUCAG